AUAACAGGCUUCUGUUUCCAGCACCACUGCACCACUUCACGGUCUGCAAACGUAUUAAAAUUCAUCGGAUCAAUUGAUGUUUAGGGUCUCCGAAGGUAUUUCAAAUUAUACAUUUUUGAAAAAUAUAGUUUCUGAUGGUGGCUGUGGGCACUUCGCUGCUACUUGUUUGGAAUAUACGCCUACCCGCCGCCGUUUUCGGGUCGUUAUGAUUAUGGAAACCUGCUAUUUGAGUCACGUAGUCCUAACCCGUCUUUCUCUGUUGGUCCUCUUGGUCGUUCUGAGACCCCUCAAUGCGUGGAUGUACACCUCCAGCAGCAACGAUAUGGAUAGGGUACUGGUAACGGGGGUAUACUUCUCUCCCCGGGUUACCAACUCUGAAGAAAUAACUGCCAUAACUGCCUUACCAAAAUACUUGUUUACUACUCCGGCAACUUCUACGGACUUUAGGGAGGUAUCAUCACCAUCAUCUGGAACAGAACUCCACCACAGAGUCAGGCAUUCCGAUGAGAGUGAGACACGGGCGUUGAGUGAAGACAAAUUAGCCACGGAACAAAACAUACGUCUCUCCUCGGGCUCAACCAGUUGGACAUCAGAAGGAACCCUUGGUUUGUCGACGGAGCAGAGGAGCUCUACCAUUGUAGUGUCUACAGAGGCUACCACACAGUGGGAGGACAAGACCAGACUAACACCAGACCACCUACCAGAGGCCUACUCUGGGCUCCCAGCACAGCUCAGGGCUUUGACUGAAACAAAACGCUCAGUAGAACUUAAGUCUGUGUCUGUUACGGAAGCCAGACCACCUCAGGACAGCCCUGAUGCUGACAGCAGUCUCAGAGUGGAUCUCAGAGAAGACCAAUCCACAACCCAAGACACCGUGGGUCUCAGCGAGAACCAGUCCACGAACCAAGGCAUUGAGGGCCUCAGAGAGGACCAGUCCACAAACCGGGGUACUGUGGGUCUCAGAGAAGACCAAUCCACAACCCAAGACACCAUGGGUCUCAGUGAGGACCAGUCCACAAACCGAGGCACUGAGGGCCUCAGAGAGGACCAGUCCAAUAUCCGAGGCACCAUGGGUCUCAGUGAGGACCAGUCCACAAACCAAGGCACUGAGGGCCUUAGAGGGGACCAGACCACAAACCGAGGUACUGUGGGUCUCAGAGAGGACCAGUCCAAUAUCCGAGGCACCAUGGGUCUCAGUGAGGACCAGUCCACAAACCAAGGCACUGAGGGCCUCAGAGAGGACCAGUCCACAAACCAAGGUACUGUGGGUCUCAGAGAGGACCAGUCCACAAACCGAGGCACCGUGGGUCUCAGAGAGGACCAGUCCACAAACCAAGGCACUGAGGGCCUCAGAGAGGACCAGUCCACAAACCGAGGUACUGUGGGUCUCAGAGAGGACCAGUCCACAAACCGAGGCACCGUGGGUCUCAGCGAGGACCAGCCCACAACCCGAGGCACCGUAGGUCUCAGAGAGGACCAGUCCACAAACCGAGGUACUGUGGAUCUCAGAGAGGACCAAUCCACAACCCAAAGCACCAUGGGUCUCAGCGAGGACCAGUCCACAAACCAAGGCACUGUGGGCCUCAGCGAGGACCAGUCCACAAUCCGUGGCACCAUGGGUCUCAGAGAGGACCACUCCACAAACCAAGGCACCGUGGGUCUCGGCCAAGGACAGUCAACAGAUACUCUCAGGCAGGAACAGUGGACCGACCUAGGAACCAUGGCUCUCCCCAUCCCUGUCCACACCGACCGCACCUACAUCUCCUCCACUAUGAGUCGAGCGGGAGAGAGGACCUUACUGUCUGUGAGCUCCAACAGCACCACCAUGUACCCUAAGGACUCCACCUUGGGCCUCCCGACCAGCCGCACCGGUGCCGGGGCUGGCGAUGUCACCGACAGGAUUCCCUCCACUGGACCUGACCAUGGGCAUGACGCUACGUCUGGGUCUGACUCUCACCCCCACUCCAACACCAACUCUUCACAAGAGAGGCCUGGUGGUUUGUCCUCCAGAGGGACCAACCCGCUGACUGAACCACCCAAUGUGACCCAACAGCAGGACCUCACCUCUCUGAUUUCGGAGGGAACCCCCUACUCCACCCCCCCUCUCAGUGUGGCUGAUAACCACAGCAGACAGGACACAGACACAACAGACUCCAGUCAGCCUUCCAGAGGCAGGACGUCCCAAACAGAAGAUGGGGUCCCUGAUUCUUCACAGCUCCCCUUCCUGUUUUCAGAAGGACCCAGUCAUCCCAGCACCAACACCUCUCAGGGAGGAGAUAGAGAUACUCCCUCCAUCAUGGUCACCGGGUCUGGCACUUCCACAGAGUCCUCCACAGGUGCCCUCAGCACUCAGGGGGGUCAGGGUGAGACAGAAGGAGUCACAUCACUCCACACAGAGGACACACCUACCAUCGUAGGUCUGGCUCUAACUACUGCUCACCCGACGCUACGAGAAAGUGUCACCGCCCUGGACGACUCCCUGUCCCGGUUCAUCUCAAGCCAGCCUCCCUUUGUCCCCAAGACAGAGCAGCCAUCGCCGGCGGUGAGCACAGAGGUCCUGAUGUCCACCACAUCCGUUACCGUUACGAUGACGUCACAGGUCACUGAGGAGGAGACCUACAGAUUUACUACGGCAACCAGCACCACACUGACACCCCCUCUGGUUACAACAAGGAUGGUUCAGCUUAGCACCACCUCUGUCGAAGCCCAGACUCAACCCACCACCAUCCCUACCACCAUUACCACUGAGACCACUCUGGGUCUCCAGACCUCUGCUUCAACCCCCCAGCGCCCAGCUACACUUCAGACCCAGACCCAGGAGCCCUCAACAGGGGUGAGCAUCACCAACGUCACCAGCUUCACCGAUGUAACCACCUUGUACCUGGAGACCAGCACGGCCACACCGGGGAACACCACGCCCCACAGCGGCCAGGACAUCACCACCACCACUACUACAGCCUCCUCUUCCUACAGCCACAGCAGCACCACCAGGAGCACAGUGGAACUGCACACUACAGGGAAACACACUGACAGGGGGACCACUGAGGUAGAAGUGACCACAGCUCCAAUGGACAUCAGAUCUACAACUCAGACACGAGGUAGUGCCUGUGAAUCCAACCCCUGUCUGAACGGAGGUGAGUGUGGAGAGACCUAUGGAGGGAGGGAAUUCACCUGUUACUGUCUGUCAGCAUGGACAGGACCUAGCUGCAAUGAGGAUGUGGAUGAGUGUGAGAUUGGCCCCGGCCCCUCGGGCCCAUGUCCCAGUGACUCUACGUGUGUUAACACCAGGGGCUCCUUCAGCUGCGAGUGUCCCCUGGGCCUUGACAUUGAGAACGGACGAGACUGCACGCGAGCAAAAACUUUCUUGGGGACGUUCAGUGUCAACAGCUCUCACUAUGACCCACUGCUCUCCAGGAGCGCCACACUGCAUGAGAUCCAGAGAGAGAUCAACCAGCUGCUCAAUGCCUCAUUAUCAAUUCUGCAUGGUUACCGGCGCUCUACUUUGAGUAAAAAAGGGGAAGACGGAGUUCAUAUCUCUGCUGUCAACAUGUUCUCCCUCUCUGCUGACGUGACCAGCUCUGAGGUCUAUGACAGCAUACAGAUGUCUCUGAACAACUGUAACAGCACUGCUGGACACUGCAGAGUGGUGGUCACUCACCAGCUCUCCUAUCAAGUUGAGAGUCUGUGUCUGGCCCAGAACACCCAGUGUCACCUAGAGCGUUCCUUCUGUGUCGACUCCAAUGGGACAGCCUACUGCCAGUGUCAACCAGGGUACUUCAAACUCAACCCUGAGGACCAGUCCUGCCUAGAAUGUGGUGAUGGUCUGAAACGGGUCAAUGGAACCUGUGUCAGGUGCACAUUUGGAUUUGGAGGAUUCAACUGUGGAAAUUUCUACAAGCUGAUAGCUGUGGUGGUAUCGCCAGUAGGGGGUGCCCUACUCCUUGUUCUCAUCAUCGCUCUCAUUGUCACCUGCUGCAAGAAAGACAAGAAUGACAUCAACAAGAUCAUUUUCAAAAGUGGCGAUUUUCAAAUGUCGCCGUACGCAGAGUUCCCAAAGAGUAACCGUGUUUCUAUGGAGUGGGGGAGAGAGGCCAUCGAGAUGCAGGAGAACGGUAGCACCAAGAACCUGCUACAAAUGACAGACAUCUACUACUCUCCUGCGUUACGUAACUCUGACCUAGAGCGUAACGGCCUCUACCCGUUCUCUGGCCUGCCAGGCUCCCGUCACUCCUGUAUCUAUCCCGCCCAAUGGAACCCUUCGUUCAUUAACGACGACUCACGACGUCGGGACUACUUCUGACGCCCAGCUACCCCACCUCUGGUCCUGCCUAGCCAGCCAACCCCACCUCUGGUCCUGCCUAGCCAGCCAACCCCACCUCUGGCCCUGCCUAGCCAGCCAACCCCACCUCUGGCCCUGCCAAGCCAGCCAACCCCACCUCUGGCCCUGCCUGGCCAGCCAACCCCACCUCUGGCCCUGCCUAGUCAGCCAACUCCGCCUCUGGUCCUGCCUAGCCAGCCAACUCCGCCUCUGGCCCUGCCUAGCCAGCCAACCCCACCUCUGGCCCUGCCUAGCCAGCCAACCCCGCUUCUGGCCCUGCC